AUGAUACUAGGUUGCUGCAAAGGCAAUAAAAUAGAGGAAGCAAUUAAACUCCGUGAUGACAUGAUCAGAAGAGGGUUGAAGCCUAAUAUUUUCACGUUUAAUACAAUACUACAUGCUUAUUGCAUUUUGGAUAAAAUGGAAGAGGCCAUUCACCUGCUGGAUCAGAUGAAAAUUGAGGGACUUCGGCCAGAUAUAGUGUCAUAUGGCACUAUAAUAAAUGGAUAUUGUAAAAUAAAGGAUAUUCAUAAAGCAAAUGAAUAUUUGACUGAACUGAUGACCUGUGGAUUAGAACCAAAUGUAGUAAUCUAUAAUGCACUUAUUGGUGGUUAUGGUAGAGUUGGUAACAUUUCUGGUGCAAUUGAUGUCCUUAACACUAUGAAGUCUGCUGGCAUAAGACCAACUAAUGUAACUUACUGCAGUCUUAUGCACUGGAUGUUCCAUGCUUAUCUUGUUGACGAGGCGAAGACCAUGUUUGAACAAAGCAGAGAAAACAGCAUUGAGGUGGGAGUAAUUGGCUACACAAUUAUGAUACAUGGUUUUUGCAAAAUAGGAAAAAUGGAUGAAGCUAUGAAUUACUUGGAGCAAAUGCGGUCCAGGGGUAUACCUCCAAAUAAGUUUACUUAUACCACUCUGAUGUAUGCCUAUUGUAAAUCUGGUAAUAAUGAAGAAGCCUCCAAGCUUUUUGAUGAGAUGCUGAGCUCAGGAAUUGUUCCUGACAACGUUACUUACAAUACACUAGUUACAGGGUUUUCUCAAGUGGAUCCAUUGGACAAGGCUACAGAACUGCCUGCUGAAAUAUCAAGUGUUUUGACACAGAAUGAUUGUUUGUACAAUGCAUUAGUUAAUAGGAUAACCAGACCUUGGUGCCAGAAAGAAGCUACUUCCAGUGAAUGA